AUGUCCACUUAUUCAGAUCAAAUACUCUUAUCACUUUUAAAACUUGGAAAUAAAAUGGAUUCUAUAACGAUUAUUAAACGUUUUGGUAGAGGUGUCAUUGAUUAAUAGAGAUUUAUUGAAAUGAUGAAAGUACUCAAUGAUUAAAUUCCUAAAACAGAAGUUUAAAAUUUUUAUAUAUCAACUCUUAUAGAAUAUGAAGCAUCAGCUAUGUCAACCUAUAUUAUCAAUGAUUUACUUCGAAAAGCUAGUUUAUUAUUGGCAAAAUAGAAUAUUUAAAUAAGAAGUCCAAAUGAAAUUUUUCAUUAAAUUUCAAAAUCUCUAUAAGUUAAGAAUUAAGAUAUUGAGAGAAUUUUUUGUAUUUUUGAUUCUGAUAAGGAUAAUUUUCUAAAUGAAAAGGAGUUUAGGACAUUUUUGGAAUAUUUUGUCCCAACUCUAUCUCCUGAUGAAUAUAUUAAAUUAAAAAAUACAAUUCCUACUUAAAAAGUUACUCUUUACAAUCUAAUGAGUUGGAUAUAAGAAAGUAAUUCAAUGAGAAACAGUAUUAAAGCAUUAUAAUAACCAAAAAAAAAUCCAUUAAAUUAAAAAAUAGACUAAAAAAGACCAAUUACUCAAGAUAAAUAGAGAGAUACUACACCAACUAGGAAACCUUUAUUACCUUAGAAACCAUUAUAAUAAUAAAAUAAUUAUGUAUAACCUAAAGUAGAAACACCGAAAAAUGAUUAGUAAGAAUAAUUGAAAUUACAAAUGCAAAAAUAAUAAUAAUAACAAUAAUAAUAAUAACAAUAAUAAUAAUAAUAAUAAUAAUAAUAGCAAUAAUAAUAAUAACAAUAAUAAUAAUAAAUACAAUAAUUGAAAAACCCUAUAAAAGAUUCUCCUUAAAGAAAAAUUAAUCCAAUUUUAGAAUCUAUAUUAUAUGAAGAUCCAUAGUAAGCCAAUAUUUUAAAAUCUGAUAUACAAUUCUAGAAUUACAUAAUUUUAGACUAUAAUAUACCAGGUGUUUAGGACUUUCUAAAUAAAUUUAAUGAUUUAUUUAGAUAGAAACAAAUUUUUACUGAUAAUGAAUUCCCAGCUAAUGUGUAGAGUUUAGGCUCAAAAUUAACACAAUUUUAAUGGAAGCGAAUAAAAGAUAUAUGGCCUACAUAUGAAGUUUUUGUUAAAGACGUAACCCAAUCUAGGUUUGGUUUAGGAAAAUGGAUAAGUCCAAAAGAUAUUUGUCAAGGGUAAUUGGGAGAUUGUUAUUUUCUAUCAGUUUUAAGUUCAAUGGCAUGUAGAUGGUAAUAAAAUUUACAAAUACUCUAGGCCUGACUUUUUAUUAGAUUUAUUUUUAACUUAAACAAAAAACCCAUGUGGUAUUUAUUCAGUUAGACUUUGCAUUGAUGGUGUUUGGAAAGCUAUUAUUCUUGAUGAUUAUAUUCCUACUUAAGGGAAUUAGCCUGCAUUUUCAUAAAGCCCAUCAAAAGAAAUCUGGGUUCUACUAAUGGAAAAAGCUUGGGCAAAAUCUUUUGGAUCUUAUUCAAAUAUCAUAUCUGGAGAUUCAAAAGAAGUCAUUCGUAGUCUAACUGGUGGACCAACAUGGAGCUUAAAAACUGAUUAGUCAGAUUUUAAAGAACAGUUUAUUGGAAAUGUGUAAAGAAAAUGUUUAAUGACAACAGGAACAUUUUCUAAAACAAAUAAUUCUGAAAUUAUGGGUCUCAUAGCUGAUCAUGCAUAUUCUAUUUUAAAAAUUAGAACUAUUUAGCAUCCAUCGAAAGGAGAGGUUAUGCUAAUCAAACUGAGAAAUCCUUGGGGCAAAAAAGAAUGGAUAGGAGAAUGGAGUGAUGGUAGUCCAUCAUGGACUAAAGAAAUAAAAUAAUAAUUAAGAGUAUCUGAAAAAGCCGAGGAUGGAAUCUUUUAUAUGUCUUAUUAAGAUUUUAUUAACUAUUUUAAAACAAUCUAUGUUGGAUAUUUUUAAAAAAGCUAUAUAUAUAAUUCUUAAACAAUUGUAAGUAAAUCUAAUAAAUCUAUUUAUUUUAUUUUCAACAUUGAUGUAGCAGGUUAAUAUUAUUUUACUGCUUAAUAAAAAUCAUCAAGACAUUUUAAAGAAAAAUAUAAAAAUUAUGAUUAUUCUUCUAUAAGAAUGAUUCUUGGUUCUUAGACUAAAUAAGGUUAUGUAUGGGAAUACGCAAAGUAAGAGCAAGAUUAAUAAGUAUAUGUAGGGGAGUUAUUAGAUAAAGGUCGUUAUGUUUUAUAAGUUAAAGUAAAAUGGUUAUUUUGGAAUGAAGAAAAAUUUGUUAUUAGCACUUAUGGACCAAAAGAAAUAAAAUUAAAAUAGAUUUAAAAAGAUCCAAUGUUUAUUUAACAAAUUCUAUUGGAUUAAGCAAAGUAAAACCCUAAGAAAGAAUAAAGUGGAUGUCCAAAUCUUGAAAUAAUAUCAGAUCUUCCUCUUAAAUAUGGGUAUUUUAAUUAUAUUUAUCUUAGAAUUGGUUAUGAAUAUUAUAAAAAUACUGGCAAUGAUGUUAUUUAAGUUAAAAGUACAUUUUCUAAAAUGGUUGGCUUAAAAUUAAAAAAGCCAGAAAGAGGAAAUCAAUAUUAAAUUACAUUAUAACCUAAUUCUGAAUAUUUAAUUGCAUAUACUAUAAAAGCAGAAGGAUUUUAAACAUAAUAAUCUAGAUCAUAUACAACAAAAAAAAAAUGA